UUGCAAAAACAAUAAAUAGAAAAUACAGAACUAUAACAUGGCAUCUUACUGCAUUUCAUUACAUAAAAAACUGUUCUUUGUAUGAGUAGAAGUUUAUUCUGUCUGAACGACUUUACAUCUAGAUGUUUAGUCCAGUGAUUACUAACGCUUAAAGAAACAUGAACUAGAUUAAUACAGAGAUGGUUAGUUCUGCUGCAGAAUGGCUUUUUUCAUGACUGCUAACUCCUCAACCUCUGAAUCAUGACAAAAGGCCAUUACCAGACACUGUUUAUUGUAAUGGUUUGCAAAAUUACAAUAGUUGGAUUAUUAGCAAUGCAUUUGAUGAGUUCAUUCUAUUUAUAGUUUUGUAAAAUGAUGGAAUUUAUGUAGAAUGACAGUAAUUGUAACUAUCUAUGAUUAAUACCCUUUUUCAAUGUUAAAUCUUAGUGAAGUUGUGUCACUUUUCAUGAAGAGCAGCUCUAGAACAAGAAACAUAAGCCUAACAUAGAAUAUCAAAAUAUAUAAAGAUGGCUUCAAAAAUGCUUACAAAUCAAGAUGGGGGGGAACUGAAAAUAAAAAAAAGAUCAAAUUAGUUGCCUACACAGUGAAAUUGUUCCCAUAGCCUAGCCUACUACAAAGAAGGGAGCCUUUCUGCUGUUUCAUUUCAUUGGCGGGGAGAGUAGGAAGCUACCCACUUCAAGUGUGUGCUUGAACAAACCCGCUCCAGCACUGAAACGCAGUUUCAAGUGUUUCUGCGCCUUCAAUGAACGCCUAUCACCAUUCAUACACCUGUUUUGUUGGGGUAUGCUGAUUGACACACAGAGUCCGCCCCCUGCACUUGUCCUAUUAUUGUAAUUGGCUCGACACUGAUGUCUAUGGAAAUUCCCCCGCGCGACCCUUGGCUCACACCUGACCGUCGCGAGGCUGCAUGCAGGCGGACACACCGUGAACUCAGCACGGUCCCUCAGCGACAGCUGCUUCCGUUAACGGCGGCUCAAGUCCACUGUCACUCUAUACUAAGUCCUUAGAAGAGGCGACAACAUGCCGCGGUCUUUCCUGGUGAAGAAACAUCAGAGCAGUAAAAUACCGAACUAUGGAAGACUGAGCUCAAAGGCAGAGGGGGCCACCCGGGACACACACAAAGAUCCCCCACAGCACAAGUACAUCCCUGCACAGCAUUAUUAUCCAGCCAUGAGCCCUUGCCCACAGCAGAUAUCCCAGUCUCUCUCCUCCUCUCCUCUUCCUCUAAGAAAAGAACGAUUGCAUCCUCCAUCCUCGUCAAACACCUUCCCCCUCUCACUUUUAGGACACUCUUCAGAGGCUAAUAGGAGAAGCCCAACAGAAGCCUGUGAAUCAGCCGUUGAACCCUGUUCCAAAGUGAACCUAGAAAUCCAGCAUGUCACAGGAGACUACAGGAGGAGAGAGAGCAUCCUCCCUUCGUCCCUCCCUCUUCUGGCCCUAUUUCCAGUUGUCCUUCCCGGCAGCAGCAGCAGCCAGGAGAACUUUGAGUGUUUGGACUGUCAUGAAGGGCACUUGAGCUAUUCGGGCCUGGCCAAACACAAGCAGCUUCAGUGUGAUUGGAGCAGUAAGAAGUCCUUCAGCUGUAAAUAUUGUGAGAAGGAGUACGUCAGCCUCGGAGCACUCAAAAUGCACAUCAGGACACACACACUGCCCUGUGUGUGUAAACUCUGUGGCAAGGCAUUCUCCAGACCCUGGCUGCUUCAGGGACAUAUACGAACACACACAGGCAAGUAA